AUGGAUAUACUAUCAUUGAACUAUCAACUGUCGAUUGGAAUUGGCCUUCUCGCAUUCAUCCUCUACUUUGGUUUCAAGCGAGCAUACCCACGCCCAUAUCCAGGCAUUCCAUACAAUGUUGCUUCGGCAAGAAAGAUCUGGGGAGACUCGACGGGCCUGCUCGAAGAUAUCAAGAUAACCCAGGACCCAGCGAAAUACAUCUUCCAUCAGAGCAGAAAUCUGGGUUCGCCCGUGAUUCAGAUGUUUCUCGCCCCCUUUUCAAAUCCUACAAUCGUUAUUGACGACGUCCGCGAAGUCAAAGAUAUUCUCAGCAACCGCACGCUUGAAUUCGAUCGGGCUCGCAGAACACAAGAUGCCUAUCGCUCUCUUCUUCCACAUUGCAGCCUGGUCAAAUUGACAGGACCUGCAUUCAAAAACCAGAGACGCUUUUGGGAAGGCGUUACCGGCACGCCUUUCCUACGACGCGUCGCUGAGCCCAAGAUGUACCGGUGCGCCCUGGGGCUAAUCGACUUACUUAGAGCUCAGGCCAAAAUGGCCGGUGGUCGACCAUUUUACUGCUUCGACGGCUUCGAUGUGGCAGCAUUCGAGCUAAUAUGGGAACUGGUAUUCGGAACCAAAGUUGACGGCAUCAAAGGUGCACUGAGCAAGGUUCUCAGCGUAACCUCAGACACGGUUCAGCCCCCAUCAAUCGACUCGGCGGCUCAGAUCCCCGUCAUCCAGAAGCCUGAUAUGUGUGAAGCUGUGUCGUUUUUCAUAAGUACAGUGGCAAAGUCGCUGCAGUCAGUCGUCUCUCAGAAGUGGUCCCUUUGGUACCUCAGACAGCAACCCGUCUACAAGCGGAAAUUAGCUUUCAAAGAAAGUACCAUUGACGGGCUUAUCGAGGCCACCCGUGCAAAGCUAGCAGGCCUCUCCGCGGAUCAACUGAUGGAGGUUGAAGAGACUUCUGCUGUGGUCACUGGUGUACGGCGUCAACUGUUGGCCCAGAUGCGUCAGGGGCAACCCAUCAACGUCCCAUUUCCGGCAUUAAUUCAAGCUGAGAUUCAUGAUGAGCUGUUCAUGAUCCUCGUUGCUGGACACGAGACAAAGGCUGUGCUCCUCUCCUGGGCUGUAAAGUUUCUGAUCGCCAAUCCCGGGAAGCAGGAGAAACUACGAAAAGCCCUGGUGGAUGCUUUGCCCAAAGGCUCGAAUGGGGAGCAGCCUUCUUCGAAAGCUAUCAUGAGCACGUCGAUCCCGUAUCUAGAAGCAUACAUGGAGGAAUCCAUGCGCGCGGCGAACACGUCUCCCCGACUGGUUCGGAGAACGACCACUGAUACUCAGGUACUCGGAUACCCAAUCCCCAAGGGUGUUACUGUACUUCUCAACCCUUAUGUCGGCACAAAACCCCUCGAUAUCCCCGAGCAUAUGAGGUCCGAGACUUGUCGAGGUUCCAAGGAUAACUUCGAAUCCUACUGGGAUAUCAACGGCAUGGAUGAAUUUCAUCCAGAGCGGUGGCUUUCAGAAGACGGUUCCUUCAACCUUCGUAAAUUUCCACGUCUGGGUUUCUCUGCUGGGCCGCGGAUGUGCUAUGGCAGAAAUCUCGCUUUGAUGGAAUUCCGCCUGAACCUCGUGCUUCUGGUCUUGAACUUCAAGUUCGAGCCUCUUCCGAAGGGCUUGGACAGCAUGGAGUCUCAACAGCGACUUUUCCGAAUGCCACGGCAGUGCUAUGUCAGGCUCAGCCCUCUUUAA